AAAGGCAUUGCAGUACAUUUCACUUACGUCAAAGACAAGCACAAAGACUGGAGCAACCGAUGAAGCAAACAAGAAUGUAAUUGUCCAUUCCCGGACAAAAAAACAUGUAAAAACGGACUGCACAAUGCAGAAGAAGGUUUGUAUCAACUUAGAAAGUACCUCCCAAAACCAGCUUUUCUUCUAGUCUUUUUUGUCAAUCACCCUUUCUUUAAAACUCUAAGCCAUCCAGUGUUUCUUGGGAGACCAGAAAAUCCAAGUUUCCCCAUAUCUCUCUUGAUCUGUUCUGCGAAGAUGAAUAGCACGGAUAGUCGUGGGCUGGACAUGGUGAUCGACAUAGGGAAACCGGUGAACAUGACUGGUGGAUUGGAGUUUUCUGGGCUAACCUACACGGUGAUCAAGAAGAUGAAGGAUAUAAAUGGGGCGUGGGUGAAUCAAGAAGUCGACUUGUUGCACGACAUAAGUGGAUAUGCGCCUAAAGGAUGCGUUACGGCUGUUAUGGGGCCUAGUGGUGCUGGAAAGUCGACGUUCUUGGAUGGCUUGGCGGGAAGAAUCGCUAGCGGAAGUCUCGUAGGGAGGGUGGUGUUGGAUGGGGCUGAUGUUAGCCCGAGCUUGAUUAAGAGGACUUCAGCAUAUAUAAUGCAGGAUGACAGGCUGUUCCCUAUGCUUACUGUUUAUGAGACUCUCAUGUUUGCUGCUGAUUUUCGGUUGGGACCGAUCCCCAGGGCUGAGAAGAGGCAGCGUGUCGAGAGCCUGAUCGAGCAGCUUGGUUUAUCGUCAUCAAGGAACACUUACAUAGGCGACGAAGGGACCAGAGGUGUGUCGGGAGGAGAGCGUCGCAGGGUUUCAAUUGGAGUUGACAUCAUACAUGGCCCGUCCCUCCUGUUCCUGGAUGAGCCUACUUCAGGUUUAGACUCCACCAGUGCUCACAGCGUGAUCGAGAAGGUCCACAACAUAGCACGCUCUGGCAGCACUGUGAUUCUCACAAUUCACCAGCCCUCAUCUCGCAUUCUGCUGUUGCUAGACCACCUCAUUGUCCUGGCUAGGGGGCAGCUCAUGUACCAAGGCCCUCCUAGAGAUGUGACUUUCCAUCUGGACCGAAUGGGCCGUAAAGUCCCAAAAUCCGGAAACGCCAUUGAAUACUUCAUAGAUGUGGUGCAAGAGUAUGAUCAGUCAGAGCUUGGAGUUGAAGUGCUGGCUGAGUUUGCUCUUACCGGCGUGAAGCCACCGGAGCUGGCAUCCCACAAGGAGAUGCCAGCGUCCAGCGUGAACUCCUUGCCUCCUGCUGCAUUGCCGCCUAGACGGAAAAGUCGCCGGCAGGCAUCAGAAGGGCAUGAUGACAGGUCAAGUAAACGGCUCCCGUUGCAAGCAUUAAAAGAUGGGGAUUUUGAUCACAGUGUGAGAAGCACAUGGAACACGUCGAGGUCUUGGACUGCUACCCAGUCGAUCACCUAUACACCAACAAGGAAGAAUGCUGAUCAGAGAGUCCUAGCCAGGAGAAGCCAAUCCCCGGCCGGAUAUUACACCUACUCGAGCGAGAUUCUACAAGGCACACCAACGCCUCACAGCAGCGACUACACUGUCAAUGAAAAUGACUACAUGACCCAUAGCAGUCUCCACCCAGGCACAGCGGCAACCUACCAACACCUCGGCCCCAAGUUCACCAAUUCCUUCAUCUCAGAGACAUGGAUACUAAUGCGCCGCAACUUCAUCAUCAUCAGGCGGACUCCCGAACUCUUCCUGUCCCGAUUGCUCGUGCUCACCGUCAUGGGCAUCAUGAUGGCCACCUUGUUCUGGCACCCGAAAGACAACGUGCAGGGCAUCACCAACCGCCUCAGCUUCUUCAUCUUCACUGUCUGUCUCUUUUUCUUCUCCUCUAAUGACGCUGUCCCUGCUUUCAUUCAAGAGCGCUUCAUCUUCAUUCGUGAAACGUCGCACAAUGCUUAUAGGGCCUCAUCCUACACCAUUGCAGGACUGAUCACAUAUCUCCCCUUCCUUGCACUACAAGCCGCUGUUUAUGCAAUAAUCGUCUGGUUUCCUUUAAAGCUCAAAGGCCCAUUCGAGUACUUCUUGCUAGUACUCUACAUGUCACUACUCUCCACCAACUCUUUUGUGGUCUUUGUUAGCUCAGUGGUGCCCAACUAUAUUCUUGGCUACGCGGCUGUGAUUGCCUUCACCGCACUUUUCUUCCUCUUCUGCGGCUAUUUCUUGGAUAGCCAUGCUAUUCCAGGAUAUUGGAAGUGGAUGCACUACCUCUCCACUAUGACUUAUCCAUAUGAAGGGCUGCUAAUGAACGAAUAUCAAACAACCAAACCUUUUGGUAACAUAAGUGGGAAUAAGAUCCUGGAAUCACUUGGCAUUGAUAUUGAGAAGAAUCUAAAGUGGCAGAAGGUGUAUAUAAUGUUGGGAUGGGCCGUUGUGUAUAGAGUUCUUUUCUAUAUUGUCCUGCGAUUCUUUUCAAAGAACCAAAGGUCGUAGAGAUUCCACAGGAAGGGGAUACCUAGUGUGGUUGAUGUUUAUCUUACAAGAAUAAUUUUAUCUCGUACAGUAGUUCAAA